UGGCACAUCAUAUACAUGCAGAGGGGUCCAAAUGCCUCCAAACUCUGAUUUAAUGCAUUUUUAGUGUAAAUUAAAGUACCAGCGUAACAUUUUGAUUGAAUUUAACCAGUUUGUACAUUUGGGACAUCCAGUAACGUUACAUUCCAGAGGAGUUAACGUGUUACAGAUCUAUUUAGAUUUACAUGACAUUUAUAUUUAUUCUGAUUUUUCAAACUUUAAACAUCGUAUGGUCAGGUAUAAGUCGAGUCGCAUGUUUCCACACUGGAAGUUGUUGACCGCACUGUAUUUUGUAAUUGUAUUGUCAGUUAUUUAGUUAUUUGACUCAAAUCCUCAGUCUCACAUUUCUAAACUCUGUUCUCAAUAAGCUGAGCCUACGAAGUGUUACUUGUUUCAUAAAUGUAGUUUUGGAGACAUCCUCAACGCUGUUAUACUGUUUUCAUCGCUGAGCCGUGAAGCGCACGGUUGUGGUGACGUAGUGCACAAGAUUGCGGUGACGUUCUCACUGUUGUUGGCGCGGUAAACACUGGCGAAGUUCUAAGCAGCUUUGCAUAAAGCAGCUCAGUUAAUCUCGGCGAUUCGGCGAGGCCUUUGUCGCUAUGCGCUCGGAAACUGCAUGAAACGUCGUCGAAGCAAGGCCUAUAACUCGCCGCCUGAUCGAUGCGAAAGCGACUUGGAUUCGGGCUCGGUUGCUUCGACCAUCAUGUUAGUGAAUGCAACGCGCGGUUUCCUGUGGUCGGACAUGGAGACCAGAGCGCUGUUGAAUAUCUGGGGUGAGCACGACGUGCAGACGGCGCUGGACGGAAACUUUAGGAACAGCCACGUUUACCGAGACGUCGCGAACCGUUUGUGCGAACUGGGCUUCGAUAGGACACCAGACCAAUGCAGAAUACGGGUUAAGAGCUUAAAGAGGCAGUAUUACCAAGCGAAGGAGGGAUCCAGGAAAAAUGGGCAGUACCACAAGAUGUGCAAGUUCUACGACGAGAUGGAGAGGAUAUUGAGCAAUAGAUCCUUGGUAGAGAGGCAGGAUAUUGAUAGUGUUGCUGUUGGGGGAGAUGAAACGAUGGAUGAAGAUGCUGAGAGUACUGAACUCUUGCAGGAAGCUCACAUGGAUGGCAGUGGUGAAUGCUCCUUUAUGGAGCAUCCGGUCAAAACUGAGUACCCAUCCUGCCCCAUUCCGGUGACAGUGGGAGGCAUGAGUUCGUUUCCAAGCAAACAGAGCAGCCACGAAACCAACCCGCCCGCGACCUCGUCCAGCAGGCCACGGAGAAGCAAGAAGCGCUUCGCGAACAUGUCGCUAGAGAAGCUGAUGGAAAAGUUCUUGGAGCAGAGCAUGGAAGCCGAAGACAACUUCUACAGGCUUGAAGAGCAGCGUCUUCAGGCUGAGGAUAAGCGCAGGGAGGAGGAACAUUCCAGAGAGCUGCAGAUGCUACAGAUGUUGGGCCAGAUUUUCGCUGGCAUUAACACACCCUCUCCUGCAUCGCAGGCCACGCCUCAACCCUCUUGUAUCCCCCAGACUAACCCCAACGUACCCCUCACGCGUCCCCCUUUUGGGAAUCGUAACCAUCCGCCUGCCUUGACCGAGUUUGCCAGCCACAGCCAACCAGCUGGCCCAGGUCUGCUCAUGGAAGAGGGUGAAACUCAAUUCAUAGAGCGAUCUUUCUCUCUGGGAACGGCGGCAAUGGACAAUAUCAUUCCUCUUGUAAGAAACACAAUUCCCCCACUUACAUCCAAAAAACACAAGGGUCAGGACGGACGCAUUGGAAUCAUUGGAGGAUGUCAAGAGUACACAGGAGCACCUUACUUUGCAGCUAUUUCAGCUUUAAAAGCAGGAGCCGAUCUGUCUCAUGUGUUCUGCACCAAAGAUGCAGCUCCAGUCAUCAAGUCCUACAGUCCUGAACUCAUCGUCCAUCCAGUGCUAGACAGUCCCAAUGCUGUGGAGGAGAUCGAGAAAUGGCUGCCCAGGCUUCACAGUCUGGUUGUGGGACCAGGUCUGGGCAGGGAGGAUAUGCUUCUGAAGAAUGCUAAGGAGAUUAUUGAGAGGUCAAAACUCAGAGGAAUACCAAUCAUCAUUGAUGCUGAUGGGCUUUGGUUAGUGGCAAAAGAACCGUCAGUCAUUCAAGGGUAUCAGAGAGGCAUCCUCACACCUAACUUUAUGGAGUUUACUCGUCUAUAUGAGGCCAUGCAUCAUGAACCUCUGGACAGCACCGACCACAAGAGAAGUGCUCAGCAACUGAGCAUCGCCAUGGGCCACCUUACCUUGGUUUUGAAGGGGGAGGAGGACAUUAUUACUGACGGAAAGAAGAUGCUGACCUGUAGUCAAGAGGGCAGUGGGCGGCGUUGUGGAGGACAGGGAGAUCUGCUCUCCGGUUCCUUAGGAGUUUUCGCCCAUUGGGCAUUCAGCUCACCUCCAGAUGCAACUAAAGGCAUGAAUCCUUCGCUGGUAGCUGCAUUCGGUGCUACGUCUCUGACAAGGCAAUGUAAUCGCCAGGCCUUCCACAAACACAGCAGAUCUACCACCACCUCUGACAUGAUCCAGGAGAUAAGCAGCGCUUUCAAGAAGUUGUUUGAAAGCUAAACUACAUGUGUGUGCGUGUGUGUGUAUCCAUUUCUCUUUUCAUGGUCAUUAUAAAGACUAAAGGCCUGCAUCUCAAUGCUACUCAUAUUAAAUAAAAGUGAAGUACAUUGUUGAGCAUCUUUUUUCUUUUUCUUUUAAAGUGCCUCUUGUAGUUCUGCAAUACAGUUUCAACUACUACUCCACUUUCAUGUCUGUGAUGUUGGCCCUUUAUAAACGUCAUACACUGUUUUGUUUUUAUAAACAUCUAUGUCUUUA